AUGGAGGACCUUCUUGAUCAGGUCGUGGUUGAGCUACAUCGCGCUCGAUCAUGUCUAUCAGAUCCGCUGGUAUUCACGCAAGCAGCUGUGAUCGGGUCCAUCCUCUUCGUUUUUCUUUUGGGUCUCUACAAUUACUUCUUGCAUCCGAUUGCACAUAUCAAAGGUCCCUUCCUCGCUGCCGUGACGCCGAUAAGCCUCAUCAGGGCCCUGAGAGACAUACACAACCCCGGCCCGGACAACCACCAUUAUACUAAGAGGGGUACCUCGGAAGAUUUGAUUCUGCGAUUUGUUUUUGGUGCCAACAACAUCCUCCUUGUCGACGAGGGUGAGGAUCACAAGAGGCUUAGAGGAGCACUUCAACCAGCAUUUACUGCAAAAGCGAUGAGGGAUCAGCAGGACAUAACCCAUUAUCAUGUGCAAAAGACAGUUGAGAGACUGUUAGAAGCUGCGAUGGACCCCUCACAGACAAUCAGCCUUACAAAGGAGCUGAACAAGUUGGUGUGGGGUAAUGUGGGAAACCUCGCUUUUGGAGAACCUGCGACACUGGAGCAACUUGAAAAUCAUGAGAAGGCAAAAGAUCUGCAUGCACAGAUUGCUCCGAUUCUCGAGUUUUUCCAAUAUCUCAACGGGAACCCAAUUCUAGGGCGCGCAGCGAGGGGUUUAGUCGGAAUAUCUAGAAAGGUCUUUGGCCUGUCAGGCAAUAUCCUGGGAAAGGACCAGCUCCGACGGCAUAUAGCGUCUCAGCAAGGGCAAAAGAAUUUCCUCACUGCCAUCCUGGGGGCCAAGGAAUCGUCAGGUCUCAGCUUUGAUGAAAUCCACAGCAACAUGCUACUACUCUUAAUGGGUGGCUACGACAGCAGCGCUGCGUCUCUGUCUGCCAUCUUUUACCACCUUCUUCGGGAGCCGCAGCAAUACAAGAGACUCCAGUCUGAGCUGCACCACGCUUACUCCUCAGUAAAUGAUAUCACCUGCAAUAGUCUCCUGUCACAGCCAAUGCUCAACGCCUGUAUCAAUGAGAGCCUACGUCUCGUGCCACCGUUCAAUGGCCACGGUAGCCACCGCGUCACCACGUCCGGGACCAUGAUUGACGGCGUCUGGGUCCCGGCGGGUACACUGAUCAGUGCUGACUUCUAUUCUCUCCACCGCGAUCCCAGCUGCUGGGCCUUCCCGGAUGAAUAUCGGCCUGAGCGCUGGCUUAAAGAGCAUCAAGGGCCGGGCACGCCAUUUGAGAACGAUGUCAAGACUGCGUGGCGCCCCUUUUCACUGGGGCCUCGCGUCUGUGUUGGGCGUGAGAUGGCGCUCCAGUCUAUUCGGCUGGCUGUUUCCAAAAUUGUGUACACAUUUGACAUGACACUGGCCAACCGCGACUUUGUGUGGGAUAGGGACGCAGGUAGUCAUUAUAUGUGGCAUGAUUUCGACAUUGCCGUUACGCUUGCUAAGGCCUAA